AUGGCGGGACCUGGGGGUUGGAGGGACAAGGAAAUCACGGAUCUGGGCCACUUGCCGGAUCCAACUGGAAUAUUCUCACUGGAUAAAACCAUUGGCCUUGGUACUUAUGGCAGGAUCUAUUUGGGUCUCCAUGAAAAAACUGGUGCAUUUACAGCUGUUAAAGUGAUGAAUGCUCGUAAGACCCCUUUACCUGAAAUAGGAAGGAGAGUGAGAGUGAAUAAAUAUCAAAAGUCUGUUGGAUGGAGAUACAGUGAUGAGGAAGAGGAUCUCAGGACCGAACUCAACCUUUUGAAGAAGUACUCUUUCCACAAAAACAUUGUGUCCUUCUAUGGUGCUUUUUUCAAGCUGAGCCCCCCUGGCCAGAGGCACCAACUUUGGAUGGUGAUGGAAUUAUGUGCAGCAGGCUCGGUCACUGAUGUAGUAAGAAUGACCAGAAAUCAGAGUUUGAAAGAAGAUUGGAUUGCAUAUAUCUGCCGAGAAAUCCUUCAGGGCUUAGCUCAUCUUCAUGCACACCGUGUAAUUCACCGGGACAUCAAAGGUCAGAAUGUGCUACUGACUCAUAAUGCUGAAGUAAAACUUGUGGAUUUUGGAGUGAGUGCCCAGGUGAGCAGAACUAAUGGGAGGAGGAAUAGUUUCAUUGGAACACCAUACUGGAUGGCACCUGAGGUGAUUGACUGUGACGAAGAUCCAAGACGCUCCUAUGAUUACAGAAGUGAUGUGUGGUCCGUGGGAAUCACUGCUAUUGAAAUGGCCGAGGGGGCUCCUCCCCUGUGUAACCUUCAGCCUUUGGAAGCCCUCUUUGUUAUUUUGCGGGAAUCUGCCCCCAAAGUCAAAUCCAGUGGAUGGUCUCGCAAGUUCCACAAUUUCAUGGAAAAGUGCAUGAUAAAAAAUUUCCUAUUUCGUCCUACUUCUGCAAACAUGCUUCAUCACCCUUUUGUUCGGAAUAUAAAAAAUGAAGGACACGUUGUUGAGUCAUUGAAGAAGCAUCUUACAGGAAUCAUUAAAAAGAGACAGAAAAAAGGAAUACCUCUGAUCUUUGAAAGAGAAGAAGCUAUUAAGGAGCAAUACACCAUGAGAAGAUUCAGAGGACCUUCUUGUACUCACGAGCUUCUGAGACUGCCAACCAGCAGUAGAUGCAGACCACUUAGAGUUCUGCAUGGAGAACCCUCUCAGCCAAGGUGGUUACCUGAUCGAGAAGAGCCACAGGUCCAGGCACUUCAGCAUCUACAGGGAGCAGCCAAGGUGUUCAUGCCACUACAGGCUCAGGACAAUGCACCUAGGCCUCUACAGGGGCAAGCCCAGGCACCUCAGCGACUACAAGGGGCAGCUCGGGUGUUUACGCCACUACAGGCUCAGGUUAAGGCUAAGGCAUCUAGGCCCCUACAGAUGCAGAUUAAGGCACCUCCACGACUACGGAGGGCAGCCUGGAUGCUCAUGCCACUACAAGCUCAGGUUAAGGCACCUAAGCCUCUACACGUGCAGGCCCAGGUACCAAAAGAGCAGCAGGUUCAGGCUGCUCAGGCCCAGCCCCAGACAUCAGAAGAGCCACAGGAUCUGGACCAGGUACCAGAGGAAUUUCAGGGGCAAGAUCAGGUACCUGAACAACAACAAAGGCAGGGUCAGGCCUCUGAACAACAGCAGAGGCAGAACCAGGUACCUGAACAGCAGCUGGAGCAGAACCAGGUACCUGAACAGCCAGAGGUACAGGAACAGGCUGCUGAGCCUACACACGCAGAGAAUGAGUCAGAGGAACCUGAGGCAUUACGAGUACAUGCCCAGGUGUUCCUGCCCCUACUGUCACAGAACCACCAUGUGCUGUUGCCACUACAUUUGGAUACUCAGGUACUCAUUCCAGUAGAGGGGCAAACUGAAGGGUCACUUCAAGCACAGGUCUGGGCACUAGAGCCCCCACAGGCAGUUGGCUCGGUUCAAGAACUGAUAGAGGGACUAUCAAGAGACUUACUUCGAGCACCAAACUCACAUAACUCAAAGCCACUUGGCCCACUGCAAACCUUGAUGGAAAACCUGUCUUCAAACAUGUUUUACUCUCAGCCAGAACAGGCACAGAAGAAAAAAUCGAAAGUUUCUAGUCUAAGGCAGGCAUUGGCAAAAAGAUUAUCACCAAAGAGGUUCCGGGCAAAGUUAUCAAGGAGACCUGAAGAAUUUGAGCUCUCAGAUUUAGAAGCCUGCAGGCGAAGGCGCCAGCGCAGAUGGGAGGAUAUCUUUAAUCAGCAUGAGGAAGAAUUGAGACAAGUUGCAAAUGGCAAAGAAGAUGAAUCAUCAGACAAUGAUGAAGUAUUUCAUUCAAUUCAAGCUGAAGUCCAAAUAGAACCAUUGCAACCAUAUGUUCCAAAUCCUAAAGGCAAUGAGGUCCAAGAAAGAUCUACUUCAGUGCCUUACAAUCAGGAUUGUGAACACCAUGUCAAGUUCUCUUCAAAUGUUCCUCAGCGGUCUGUUUUGGAACAAGCUCAGAAGCCCAUUGACAUCAGACAAAGGAGUUCGCAAAAUCCUCAGAAUUGGCCAGCAGCAUCAGAAUCUUCUUCUGAGGAACAGAGUCCUGUGACCUGGAGGAGGUCCCAGUCAUCACCGCCUUAUUCCACUAUUGAUCAGAAAUUGCUGGUUGAUGUCCACGUUCCAGAUGGAUUUAAAGUAGGAAAAAUAUCACCCCCUGUUUACUUGACAAAUGAAUGGGUAGGCUAUAAUGCACUCUCUGAAAUCUUCCGGAAUGAUUGGUUAACUCCUGCACCUGUCAUUCAGCCACCUGAAGAGGAUGGUGAUUAUGUUGAACUCUAUGAUACUGGUGCUGAUACUGAUGGUGAUGAUGAUGAUUCUAAUGAUGCUUAUGAGGAUACCUAUGACCAUGACAAUGGCAAUGAUGACUUGGAUAACAAGGUUGAUAAGGCUAAUAAUGUUGGUGAAGACCAUGAUGAUAAUGACAAUGAUGAAGCUAUUGAUGACAAAGACAAUAAUCAUGAUGAUGCUCCUUGUUGGCCAAGACCAAGCUAUGGCAGAGAUGGAAGCUGCAAGCAAGAUAGUAGAGAUGGAAGUGAUGGUGGAGAAGAAACCUGCAGCAGCUAUGGAAGUCAGAGAAUCAGUAGAGGCCAUGGAGAAAGUGUAGCCAGUGGGGGCAGUGCAGUCAGUGGAGACAAUGAAGAACUUGGAGCCAAUAUAGGCAAUGGAAGAAGAGUUAAGGAAGUAAAUGGAGGUAAGGGAAUCAGUGGAACCAAUGAAGAAAGCGGAGCCCUUCAAAUCAGUGGAGGAGAAAAUUGCUCAGAGACUGAUGGUCAAAGAUUGGAGAGACCGACAUCCCAGGACUUUGAACAUCAACAGGAGGAGCCUAGUGGUAGAAGCGAGGCCUCAAAUGCCAUUGCCUUAGGCCCUGCACCAGCAGCACCUGAUGACGAGAAUGACAGCAUGGACAUAUCAGAAGCAUCAACACAAUCAGGUUUUUCUGCCAGCCACUCAUCUCCCUCCAGUGGUUCUGGGAGGGCUGCAAAUGCUGACUUUGGCAGUGCCAUCUUGUAUGCUGGAUUAGUGGAAGCACCUGAGAAAUCACCUAAGCGACCCUCUGAAGUCAAUGUUAACCCACUAUAUGUGUCUCCUGCAUGUAAAAAACCACUAAUCCACAUGUAUGAAAAGGAAUUCACUUCUGAAAUCUGCUGUGGUUCUUUGUGGGGAGUGAAUUUGCUGUUGGGAACCCGAUCUAAUCUGUAUCUGAUGGACAGAAGUGGAAAGGCAGACAUCACUAAACUGAUAAAGCGAAGACCAUUCCGUCAGAUUCAAGUUGUAGAGCCACUCAAUUUGCUGAUUACCAUCUCCGGCCAUAAGAACAGACUUAGGGUGUAUCAUUUGACCUGGCUGAGGAACAAGAUUUUGAAUGAUGAUCCAGAAAGUAAAAGAAGACAAGAGGAAAUGCUAAAGACAGAGGAAGCCUGCAAAGCUAUUGAUAAGUUGACAGGCUGUGAACACUUCAGUGUCCUUCAACAUGAAGAAACAACAUAUAUUGCAAUUGCUUUGAAAUCGUCAAUUCACCUUUAUGCCUGGGCACCAAAGUCCUUCGAUGAAAGCACUGCUAUUAAAGUAAUAUGCAUUGAUCAAUCAGCAGACUCCGAAGGAGACUACAUGUCCUAUGAAGCCUAUAUACGAAUACUGGCAAAAAUACAGGCAGCUGAUCCAGCGAACCGGUUUAAGAGACCAGAUGAGCUCCUUCAUUUGCUGAAGCUCAAGGUGUUUCCAACAGUUGGUCAUAAGCCAGUGACAGUUGACCUGGCUAUUGGUUCUGAAAAAAGACUAAAGAUUUUCUUCAGCUCAGCAGAUGGAUAUCACAUCAUUGAUGCAGAAUCUGAGGUUAUGUCUGAUGUGACUCUGCCAAAUAACCCCCUGGAAAUCAUUAUACCACAGAAUAUCAUCAUUUUACCUGAUUCCUUGGGAAUUGGCAUGAUGCUCACAUUCAAUGCUGAAGCCCUUUCAAUGGAAGCAAAUGAACAACUCUUCAAGAAGAUCCUUGAAGUGUGGAAAGACAUACCAUCUUCAGUAGCUUUUGAAUGUACACAGCGAACCACAGGAUGGGGCCAAAAGGCCAUCGAAGUCCGCUCUUUGCAAUCAAGGGUUCUGGAAAGUGAACUGAAGCGCAGGUCAAUUAAGAAGCUGAGAUUUCUGUGUACCCGAGGUGACAAGCUAUUCUUUACCUCUACCCUGCGUAAUCGCCACAGCCGGGUUUACUUCAUGACCCUUGGAAAACUUGAAGAGCUCCAAAGCAAUUAUGGUGUUUAA